AUGUCACUUAUUUCACUAAAUUUGAAUAAAGUAAGGCCCUUGGCAGAAGAGGAACUGCCUGCCCCUGUUCCCGGCAGAAUUCUUGUUUGUUUCUUCACAAAUAAGAGAACGUCCAUCCAGCGAGCAGCCCGGAGGGACACAGGGCAGGGCAGGCGGGUGGUGGUCAGAGGGCUUUGUCUGCCCCCCAACCCCAUCUGCUUAGCAAAACUUUCCUGCUGUAACAUCUCAAAUUUGUCUGUGGCACAGGAAAACUGGGCCCUCGGAAGCUUUUCAGUUGGAAAUCUGAUCGUUGUACCCCCAUGA